AUGGCGACGACCACAGCCUCCGUCACGGAGGCGUCAACUUACAACUCUUCCUCCGAUGACACACUCUGCUGGACCACCGCACAAGAGUCGGCGCUCCUGCAAGCCAUCAUCCGGUGGAAACCGGUGGGGAUGCACAAACAUUUCCGCAUGAUCGCCAUCCGAGACCACCUCCUGUCUAGCGGGGCCAUCAACCCGGAUGACAGUCACACGUCCACGGCGGGGAUCUGGCGAAAGCUGGCGAGUCUGUACGAUCUCGAAAAGCUGGAUGAGCGGGAAGACUCGAUCAUCUUUGAUGGGUCUGGUGUGGGCGCUGCCGGCGUCGAGGCAGAGAACGGAGGAGGAGGCGGCGGCGGUGCCGGUGACGAGUCACGCAGUGGCAGCAGCUCCAAGGACACGGAGUACUACUGGCGCGAGUUCGAGCUUCCCGGGGACGACUUUGGGGAGAUGAUGUGGGAGAGACGGCUUGCUCCCGAGCCCGGGUCCAGUAUCGAGAGCAGUCCCCUGACGCAGCCGUCGAGCCCGGACGUCGAGUCCACAGCAACUAGGGGCGAGAGCACGAUCGCCGACACGGACGAGCCGCGCAGCUCACCUGUGAGCGUCUCCGGGAGAGGGUCAGGGCGGGGCCGAGGCCGCGGUUCUGGCCGCGGCAGGCUGUCCCGGCUACAGAACGAGCUGGAGACGGCGAAAAGCGAGCGCGGCGGGAGCCGGAGGACGAGCAAGGCGCCGAGUGUGGUGGAGCCGGAUGGGGACCGAACCAUGGAGGACGCGGCGGACGAGGACGCCGCCGACGAAGAGCCGGACGAGAGCGGAGCCGGCGAGGAGGGCGACAGCGACGAUCACGAGGAAGAGGAGGCCGAGCAGAAGCGGAGUGGGCCUGCGAAGCGGGGGCGGGGCGGAUCACGCAGAGGGAGAGGCAGGAAACGGCGGCGAUGA